AUGACGGACAUGGAGAUGCACUUUUACUUUUAUAAAAAAGAUUUAAAAUCAUUUAAGAAUGCUCAAUCACAAAAGGACGGUCUUGCAGGACUCAAAGUGGCAUUCAGUACCGGACUGAUUGAUUUCAAUGACCAUGUUUUUGACAAUCUCGUAAAAAAUUUACAUAAGGUGCAAUCCCCAAAUUCAACAGCAGUGAUUCGUGCGAUUCCAAUAUUUGAAAGUAUUCUAAAUAAAAGUCAACCGCCAUUUGACUAUUACAAAGGCUCGUUAGAUUAUCCCCCUUGCUCCGAAUCUGUGAUUUGGAUAGAAUUUCAACCUAAUUACCCUACGAAUAAGAAUUUGGUAAAUGCAUUCAGGAAAAUAAAGUUGGCAGAGGAAGACGUGUCGAAUGUUAGACCUUACCAGGCUCUAAACGGACGCCAACCUCAUCUGGUGCAUCUUCAGGGUAGCCAUGACUAA